GCGCUUCGAUCAGCCCUCCAAUUGCCUCGCCCCUUGUGCUGCAGUUGUUGCAAUAACAAUGGCCGCUUCUCGCUCUUUGAUGCGGCUGGGCACUGGCCGCUCUUUGGGGUUGGCCGCCCGGUCAUCCCGCAAUUGCCGUGCCUUCUCGUCAACCCCUCUGCAGCAGGUAGCAAAGGCCACUACAGCUGGCACGGAUACUCCAAACAUGCGUCAGGCAGAGCGCCCUCCCUCGGGCCCUCUUCGCGCUCCCGUCGUAAACCAGGCCGACAAGUACCAGGACAAGGCCGAGAGCCUGCACAACUACGGCCAGUACGUCAUGUCCUGCCUGCCCAAGCAUAUCCAGCAGUUCUCCGUUUGGAAGGACGAGCUUUGCGUCUACGUUCCUCCGUCCGGUAUCAUCCCGGUCAUGAACUUUCUCAAAUACCAUACCUCGGCUGAAUUCACGACAAUCUCCGAUAUCACCGCCGUCGACUAUCCAACCCGUGAUCAGCGGUUUGAGGUCGUCUACAACCUUCUUAGCGUCCGUUACAACUCCCGCAUCCGAGUCAAGACCUACGCCGAUGAGGCCAGCCCCGUGCCCAGUGUCACCGGUCUGUUUGAAGGUGCUCUGUGGUACGAGCGUGAAGUCUACGACAUGUUCGGCGUGUUCUUCUCAGGACACCCUGAUCUGCGCCGUAUCAUGACCGAUUACGGUUUCGAUGGUCACCCGCUGCGCAAGGACUUCCCCUUGACUGGAUACACCGAGCUCCGAUACGACGAGGAGAAGAAGCGCAUCGUCAUUGAGCCUCUCGAACUUACCCAGGCAUUCCGCAACUUCGAGGGAGGUUCUACGGCCUGGGAGCCUGUUGGGCCAGGCAACGACAAGACACCUGAAUCGUUCAAACUGGCCACUCCCAAGCCUGAGCCACCAAAGGAGGAAGAAAAGAAAUAGAAUCUUUAUGUACCCGUAUUUUCUCGUUUGCUUUCCCAGUUCUGUAUGUACAUACCGCCGUGUCUAUGUUAGAUGGUAUUUUAUGGUGUUCCUCAUGGACAACAUAUCCACUGCAUUUCUUAAAUACCUGCAUACAGACUAUAUAGUAGAUGAUUGUUUUUCUGUAUUAAUCCAGUAGAGCAGCCCG